AUCAAUCUACGCCGGAAGAAACACAGUUGAGCGUCAAAUCGCAUGUCUCAACCGCUGAAGUCCUGACUAAAUGUUUAUAUUUCAAUUAUAUGUGGGCUGAUAGGUAAAAUUAUAUUUUCAUAAAGAUUAUGCAAUGAUUGUCGAUACGUUUGCUGUCUUGUACGACGAGCAGAACUGACUUCCAUUAAACGGAAUGUUUAGUAUGAUUAAAGUGUCUCUACACUGUAAAUCUAUUGCAUGGUUAUUUGUGAGACACACACCUACGGGUCGCCUACAAAGCUUCGCAUGCAGUGAACAUCUUUUUCAUUUUCUGCGGACAAUGUCUACGAACACAACAGACAACCAACAUCGGGGAUCAAAGAAACCCAGAGCACCCAAAGAAACAUUGCGACAUGUGAAGUCUAGAGAACAGAGGAAACGUGGAGUGGAUGUGCAUGGACCAGCCACUGUCUACGCGCAGGUCGUCGGAGCAGGGAGCCGAGAUAAUGGCGGAUCACUUUAUGUCUUCUCUGAGUUCAAUAGGUACCUAUUCAACUGUGGUGAGGGAACACAGAGGCUGAUGCAAGAGCACAAGUUAAAAGCUGCUCGCUUGGACAAUAUUUUCCUCACUAGAAUGAGCUGGGAGAAUGUUGGUGGUCUAUCAGGGAUGAUAUUGACACUGAAAGACACUGGUGUCCCUGUGGUUGUUCUCUCUGGACCACCACAACUGGAGAAAUAUGUGAAUGCCAUCAGAGUAUUUUCUGGACCACUGGAAGAAAUCAAGCUAGCUGUUCGACCUUACACCGAGAAACAAUACACAGAUGACACGAUGACAGUUAGUCAAAUACCAAUAUUUGCCCAGCUCAGAGAGGAUGGGCCAAAGUGCUCCCCUAACUCAGGGAGGAGCAGCCCCUCCAGUAGUCCCCAGAGGAGGGAGCUGUGGAGGCCGGAAGACUCUGAGGACACCAGCACAGACAGCAGGAAGGAGAGAGCAACCAGCCCAGGUGGAAAAGCAAGAGCAACAAGGGAUCCUUCUUUAGUUGUGGCAUUCAUUUGUAAGCUUCAUCCUAAGAAGGGGAACUUCUUGGUUGCUCAAGCAAAAAACCUUGGAUUACCAGUAGGCACUGCAGCUAUUGGUCCUCUCAUUGCAGCUCUGAAGGAUGGGAAAAGUGUUACCUACGAAGGAAGAGAGAUCCAUCCUGAGGAGGUGUGCACUCCCACUGAUCCAGGACCAGCCUUCAUUGUUGUGGAGUGUCCCUCUGAGGAAUUUGUUAAACCAAUCUGCAUCGAUCAGCAGCUGAGCAGAUACCAACGUGGAGGAACAGAGGACCCCGCUGCCUUAGUAGUCCACAUGAGCCCCGAGUCUGUGCUGAAAACAGAUGAAUACAAGCAAUGGAUGGAAAGGUUUCCAUCUACCACGGAGCACCUGAUCCUGAAUGAGCAAGUUUGCACUGUUCACAACGUCAGGAGCCACAAGAUUCAAACUCAGCUCAAUCUGAUUCAUCCAGAGAUAUUUCCAGACCUCCAGCACUAUAAAACAAAGGAGACCCAGGCUGCCCUGCAUGUCCCCAAUGUCAGAGCCGAGUGUCUUCUGAAGUUCCAGCUCAGACCCAAGAUUGAAUGGCAAAGAGACGCCAUCCCCUCUUGUGACACUGAAGAGUUUGUGAAAGAGGCUGCUGAGGCCCCUAACUUCCUCCAAGAAGUGGAGGAGUGCAAGCGAUUCUGUGCGACUGAUGCUGCAGUGCUGUCUGGUGAGCCCUGCUCUGAUACAGGGCGGGCAGAAAAAUACCCAGAGGUGGUCUUUUUAGGAACUGGAUCGGCUCUUCCUAUGAAGAUCAGGAAUGUUAGUGGUAACUUGGUCAACAUCAGUGCCACUCAGUCAGUGCUGCUGGACUGCGGAGAGGGCACUUUUGGCCAGCUGUGCCGACACUAUGGGGACAGUGUGGAUGAGACACUGGCAAAGAUCUCAACCGUCUUCAUCUCUCACAUGCAUGCGGACCAUCACACAGGAUUGUUGAGUUUGCUGUUUCAAAGAGAGAGAGCCUUGGCAACUCUUGGGAAAGCCUUCAGCCCCAUCUAUCUGAUAGCCCCUGUCCAGAUGAUGACCUGGCUCAACCAGUACCAUGACCACUGUGAGGAGAUCCUCAGCCAUGUCAACAUUGUCCCAAGCAAAGUCAUGUGUGAGGGGGCUGAGGUGUCCAAGUUCAAAACCAAAGCAUUUAUCCAAGCGCUGCUGAAGAAAUCUGAUUUAGCAAAGUUCCAGACUUGUCCGGUGCGUCACUGUAAGAAUGCCUUUGCCUGCAGCAUCACUCAUCAGUCUGGCUGGCAGCUAGUCUUCUCUGGGGACACAAUGCCCUGUGAUGCCCUCACACAUAUGGGAAAGAAUGCAACUUUACUUAUUCAUGAAGCCACAUUGGAAGAUGGAUUGGAGGACGAGGCUGUGGAGAAGAGACAUAGUACCACCUCCCAGGCCAUCGGUAUUGGCAUGAAGAUGAAUGCUGAGUUCAUCAUGCUGAACCACUUCAGCCAGCGCUAUGCCAAGAUCCCCCUCUUCAGUGAGGACUUCAACGACAGAGUGGGAAUAUCUUUUGACCACAUGAGGAUUCGGUUUGGAGACUUUAGAAUCCUCCCCAGACUCAUCCCGCCCCUCAAAGCCCUGUUUGCCGAGGAGAUCGGAGAGAUGGAGGAGAGGCGAGGGAGGAGGGAGCUUAAACAGAUGAAAGAAGCCAUUGCUGAAAGCAACGAAGAGCAGAGGACACCCAAUGAAGGCGAGACGGGCAAAGGUGCCAAACGAGAGCCAGAGGAACCAACACAGGACGUGGGAAGUAAGAGACUCAAAACAAACUAAGACCCUGACCAUAGCUUUGGGUUACACCGGAGAUUAGUGUAAAUCCGAUGACUGUUAUUUUACUGAGUUUGCUUUAUUUAAAUGUAUUUUUAUGAGAAACUUGCAUGAGUGAUCCUCUGUAAAGUAAGAGAUUUUCAUUUGGCUGGACUGGCUGCCUUCAUCACUUGUGAAUAAAGAAUUUCUUGUUUUCCUGUCAUUACCAUUGCUGUGUAUAUAAAACAUGUAAUUAACAUAGUCUUUGAUUUUGCGUUUAAAAAGUAAAGCAAUGUCAAUCAUUCUCCAUGGUAUUGGCCUGUUGUUUUCUAGCAACAUAUUGUGAACAACUCAUACAAAGUUUAUGUCCUAUUAAACUACACCCUUAAAAGUUG